AAGCAAUUUUGCGCAAGCGACAGUCUUUCGUUACACAUAUUGAACAAUAGCUGACUAGAGGAUAUUACUUCAUGGACACAUGACAAGGAUGAGGUCGAAAAUUGUUCUCACAAUAGUGUUUCCAGGGCUCGGUAAGCUUCAACGGCUGCUCAUAUUGAAUGCGGAGGAUUCGUCUCCGUCUUGAUCUGCCCGAAAUGAACACUCUGGGGCAACUACGCGGGGUGCAUGCAGAUCUAUAUCUCUAGAGUCCAUCCCCACACUCUUUGCAAUACAUCUCAUCUCAGCGACUCAUCCAUUGCUUACAACUUUACCAUCUUCGUCGAGAUCUCCUUGACUCACAACUGUCAUCAUGACUAUGGACGAGAAGUACGCCCCUCAAGGCGUCGAGAAGGUCGACACACUCGAUUCAGACGAGCACAUUGAAACAAUUGAAGGCAGCGCGGCUUUCAACGAUGCCUUGAUGCGAGAACACCCCACCCUGAUGAGCUCAGCUACUCUGAUGCUCUUUGGAUGUACUCUUCUCGGCUUCUUGUGCCAGACGAUGAAUGGCUACGACGGCAGUCUGCUCAAUGGUCUACUCGCAAACCCAGAGUUCAAGUCUUACUUCCAUGGCUCCAACUCUGGAAUAUGGGCGGGUAUUGUAUCAUCCAUGUACCAGAUUGGUGGCGUUGUUGCAUUACCCUUCGUCGGUCCUGCCAUCGAUGGUUUUGGCCGACGUAAAGGCAUGUUCAUCGGCGCUUUCAUCAUCGCAGUCGGCACGAUCAUCUCUGGAACAACGUUCAUGGACAGAAAUCUCAAACAGUUCAUCGGAGGAAGAUUCGUUCUUGGCUUCGGUGUCUCCAUUGCCUCCUCUGCUGGACCGAUCUACGUCGUCGAGAUGUCCCAUCCUGCAUACCGUGGCAAGGUGACCGCAUUCUGCAACACCUUCUGGUUCACUGGAAACAUCGUUGCUGCCGGUGCCGUCAGAGGUGCUUUGAACUUGUCCGGCAAUGCCUCCUGGAUCCUUCCCGUAUGGCUCCAGAUGGCCUGUCCAGUGAUCAUCUGCCUCUUCUGCUGGUUCGUUCCCGAGUCACCACGUUGGCUGUACGUCAACAACAAGCAAGAUACUGCUCGUGCCACUCUUACCAAAUGGCAUGGACAAGGCAACCCGGACAGUGCAUGGGUCAGGUUGCAACUUGCCGAGUAUGAGGAGUGCUUGAACAUGGAUGGUGCAGACAAGAGAUACUGGGAUUACUCCGCCCUCUUCAAGAACCGCAGCUCUCGCUACCGACUCGCAUGCAACUGUGCCUUCUCUUGUUUUGGUCAGUGGGCUGGCAAUGCUGUACUGAGCUACUUUAUCUCCGCCGUUCUUGACACUGCCGGCUACCACAAGGCCAUUGAGCAAACGAACAUCAACCUCGGCUACGCCUGCUUCCAAUUCGUCUUUGCCCUCGUUGGAUCCACAUUCGUCGAUCGCUUCGGUAGACGCAAGCUUAUGAUAGGAGCCAUGAGCGGUUGCGCAGUCGUUUGGAUUGGCAUGACUACCGCCAGUGGCUUGUUCAAAGAGACCGAAAACCCUGCUGCCGCUAAAGCAACCGUUGCCAUGAUUUUCAUGUUCGGCGCGAUCUUUUCCUUCGGCAUCACACCCCUUCAAGCCCUCUACCCAGUUGAGGUUCUUUCCUUCGAGAUGAGAGCCAAGGGUAUGGCCUUCUCAAGCUUGGCUGUCAACGCUGGCGGUCUGCUUAACCAGUUUGCUUGGCCAGUCUCGCUCAAGCGUAUUGGCUGGAAGACUUACAUCAUCUUUAUCGCCUGGUGUACUGCUCAGGCUAUCAUCAUGUACUUCUUUUUCCCUGAAACCCGCAACCGCACUCUCGAGGAACUCGACGCCAUCUUCGAAGCCCCCAACCCGGUCAAGAAGUCACUUGAGAAGAAGCAGGUCAUCGUCAGCGAGCAGAACGGCGUCAGUGCAAUUGAGAAGGUCGUGGUCUGAGAGGUCUCAAACACACUCGGUUCAAGAAUGUCUUUUACAGGUGGACAGUAUGCUCAGAUAGUAACGGAUGUAUGUUUUAUGCAAAGGUCAGAUCACACUGACUCGUGUUGUUUCCUAUGACGCAAUGAAUGAAUCCUUCUUUGGACACCGC